AUGGCCUGUGUUCAUGCCGGAGCUACAGACUUGAGACCUCCUGGUCCUACUCAAGACGUCUACCGCGAAGAUUGCACUCAGUGCUUCGACUCUAUUGAUGAUGAGGCUGGUCUGAAUGUGUGCCUUCAUUGCUUCAAUGGAGGCUGCGCUGGAGACAGAAACCAUGGUCUGCUCCACUUUCAGCGCUACGGCCAUGCGCUGGCUUUGAAUAUUCGACGGACUCCGAAGAAACGUGACGAGCCCCCCCAAAAAGUGUCCAAGCUCGCCAUUGCCGCCGAAACAGAUGAAGAUCGAUACAACGUUGCGACGUCUGUCAUUUGCUACGCAUGUCCUAGCGAGAACGUCGAUAAGAAUACGGGAAAUAUUCCUGUCGUAAUUGACGGAGUCAUGAAUGCAAUGUCUUUCACCAAGCGGGAGGAAGUCAAGGCGUGGGAGCAAGAAUUUGUGCCCUGUGAGCAUACAUUAUGCCUUGUCCAAGCAGACAUGGGCGAUGCAGGAACCAAAGACUUGAAUCAAUGCUCAGCAUGCGAUCUGAAGGAAAAUCUGUGGAUCUGCCUCGAAUGUGGAAACAUUGCGUGUGGACGUACUCAACACGGAGGGGCAAGAGGGAAUUCGCAUGCUCUGGCUCACGCUGACUCUACAUCCCAUGCUGUUGCUGUCAAGCUAGGAUCGAUCUCCGCGGAAGGGACGGCCGACAUCUAUUGUUACAGAUGUAAUGAGGAACGUACAGAUCCCGAGCUGGCCAAUCACCUUGCUCAUUGGGGCAUUCACUUGGCUGGACGCACCAAGACAGAGAAAAGCCUAAUGGAAAUGCAGGUCGAGCAUAAUAUGCAAUGGGAGUUCUCCAUGACCUCCGAAGAUGGGCGUGAGCUAUUACCAAUCUACGGGCCGGGCUUGACUGGAUUGGCCAAUCUUGGAAAUAGCUGCUAUCUUUCCAGUGUGAUGCAGUGUAUUUUUUCCACGCCAGCCUUCCAGAGUCGUUACUACGACCCCAACGGACAAUCACCGCAUUGCCAGACGCCAGCGCAGGAUCUUGAAACUCAAAUGAGAAAGCUCGCGGAUGGCCUACUCUCGGGGCGUUAUUCCCGACCAGACUCACGGGUCGCCAUGUCCAUGGCGUCGUCAGAAGCGAGCUCACCCAUCCAUCAGAAGGGACUUUUACCAGCUAUGUUCAAGCAUCUUAUUGGACAAGGACAUCCGGAGUUCAAGACAAUGCGGCAACAAGAUGCAUUCGAGUUUCUGCUGCAUCUUUUUAAAAACGUCAGUCUUUCGAAGCACCUUGAUGGCCGAGCCAAUCCCGUCGAGAAGUUCCGAUUCCAGGUUGAACAGCGCCUGCAGUGCCUUGUUUGCGAGAAAGUUCGAUACAAGGUCGAUGUUCAGGACAAUAUUUCAAUUGCAGUCCCCGCUCGCCGCAUUGCCGAAGUGGAGGGCAAGUUUGAGGCAGUACAAUUCUCCGAGUGUUUGGACAUCUUCACUGCCAAAGAAGUCGUUGAGCUUACGUGUCCAGCGUGCCAAAGCGCUGCAGGUUUCUCGAAACAGACCAAGUUCAAAACUCUUCCCCAAGAGCUGGCUGUCAAUGCGCGGCGCUUCGAGUUGGUGAAUUGGGUACCAACGAAGCUUGACAUUCCGGUUAUUGUCAGUGAUGAUCCAAUUGAUAUGGCCUCGUAUCUGGCCGGGAAACAUGAUCCAAAUGAGGAGCUUCUGCCAGAAGUUCAGGAAGUCGUUUCCUUUUCGCCGAAUUCAGAGGCCUUGAACCAGCUGCUGGCAAUGGGAUUCCCUGUAACUCGGUGUGAGAAGGCCUUGCACGCAACCGGCAACUCUGAUGCAGAAGCUGCGAUGACUUGGCUGUUCUCUCAUAUGGAGGAUUCGGACAUUGACGAGCCAAUGGUGCUUGACCAAAAGUCUGGCUCGCAUCGCUCUGCCGGUCAGGACGAGUCUAAGAUCGCUCAGCUUGGCGAGAUGGGUAUUGAACCAUCUCGUGCGCAGAAAGCCCUUGCUGCAACAAACGGGGAUGUUGAGCGAGCCGUCGACUGGGUGUUCACUCAUCCUGAUGACGGGGAUGAGGCCAUUGGAAACGAUGGAAAUGCCGAGGUAGCGCAGACCUCUGAGCCUGUCGGCUACGGCACUGUGCCUGCUAGGUAUCAACUUCGGUCGAUCGUGUGCCACAAAGGUACCUCUGUUCACGCUGGUCACUAUGUGGCGUUCAUUCGUAAGACAAGGGCAAGCGGCCAGUCCCCGUCGUGGGUACUUUUCAACGAUGAGAAGGUGGUGGAGUGCGACAAGGUUGAUGACAUGAAACAGACUGCCUAUCUGUACUUUUUGACUCGGGUCUAA